ACUCGGCCUUUUCCGUCUGUAAGCAGCCGGUGGUGUCACUCAACAACAACCGUGGAGACUUCAAAUCACUCUCACAUACCUACCUUUACUUUAGGGUAUUACUACAUCUAGUAGUAGACUGAGAGCACAUGUUUGAAGAUCAUUUUACCUUUCUGCUCAGACAGGAAAAACUUGCCCUUUUCACCUGCCCUUUAAAGAGAUUGUUUUAGAGAAAAGCUGACAGGGAAAUUGUUCCUCUGUUCUUCUGAUGGUCAGCCAUGGAUGAAGAUGACAGCCAAGAUGAGCUGAUCAACCGCAAUACAUCCCAGAGCAAAGGGAAAAGGGCUGCGUUGUGGGCCAUCUCAGAUGACUCGGAUGAUGUUGAAGAGGAGUCUGAGGAGGGAGAAUCUGACAGUGGUGAGGAAGAAGAGGAGGGUCACCUAGAUGGAGAGGAGGAGGAGGAGGAGGAGGAAGAAGAGGAUGAUGAGGAAGAAGAGGAAGAUGUUAAGGCUGAGGAUGGAGCUUUUGGGGGAACAUCUGCUGACCUUGCGGGGAUGAGCUCGGAUGAUGACACAGACAGGUGUCCCAUCUGCCUUAACUCAUUUAACAGCCAGCCUGUUGCAACACCAGAGAGCUGUGAGCACUAUUUCUGUCUCGACUGCAUCCUUGAAUGGACCAAGAAUGCAAACUCGUGUCCUGUAGACCGCAUUGCCUUCAACAGCAUAUACCUAAGAAAAUGUUAUGGAGGCAAAGUGAAGAAAAUGAUCACAGUUCAAAAGCCUUUGAAAGAAGGUCAAGAGGAAAGAGUAGAUUUGGACCUGGAGCAGACCAGCUGUGAGGUCUGUGGAGGCAGUGACCGUGAGGACCGCCUCUUGCUCUGCGAUGGCUGUGAUGCUGGGUAUCACAUGGAGUGUCUCACGCCACCUCUUGACUCUGUUCCUGUAGAGGAAUGGUUCUGCCCCGAGUGUGUAGCCAACAACCGUCACUCAAGGGGUUCAGCUGAAGAAGUUAGUGACACAGAGAGCCUACCUUCUACUGCCCAUCCUGCUACCAGUCGCUCCCAGUCCCACGCUGCCGGUCCCACCAGAGCUAUCGCCCGGACUCAGCAGAGUGAGAGGGUUCGAGCUAAUGUCAACCGUCAUCGCAUCACACAGGCACGCACAUCACAGUUGGCUCCUACGUAUCUAAUACAGUCCACUUGGCUGGAUGAAACAAUUAAUGCUGUAGUGGCUGGGCUCAACACGUCUGUGUAUAUACGAGACUUCACACCUCGUGUCCCAUCUAGCCACAGGCGCAAAAAGCGCAGAAAGGUAAAAAGGAGGAAGACAUCUUCUGCUCUGGGUAAAAUGGCAAGUACAGGAGUCAGGAGGAGGAAACGGAAAAUGAGGAGGACUAAAUCCAAAAAAAAAGCGAUGUUUAAAAAGGCAGCCACUCCUCGACGCCGUAUUGCUAAUAAUCUGGGAAUUGUAAAGGACAAGAAGAGCUCUUCACUUCCUACAGUAUACCGACCAUCAGAGCACACGCUAAGUGGCAUGCGUGCUGACAUAGGUGCUGCAUCCCUGUCUAUCUAUGGAGAUCCAUUUGACCUGGAUCCAUUUACUGAACGUGAGGAGGAAGAACAGCAGGCACACGUUACAUCACUGUUGGAGGCCAAGAGACGAGGGAUCUCUCGCUCUGCCCUUCGCUCUCACCAGCCUGUGGCUCGACCAUUCACUGCAAGCCUUUCCAGGAGGGGUAUGGAUGUCCCCCAAUCAGGGGGUGUUGUGGAGGCAGCUCCUGUACCUGACCUACUGGGCAGCAUCUUAUCAGGACAGAGCAUGCUCUUGAUGGACAGCUCUGAUGUCGUUAUUAAUCGAGAUGGUUCCCUUAAAGCUACAAAGCCAAUAAUGCCAUCUGCAAUAAAGCCAGGUUGCAGCAACAGUAGUAGCUCAGGAGAUGCUAGCAGCCAGAUCAACCAAGUGAUGUCACCCAACGAAGGAGACAGUUUUCUGUCUUCUCACUCCAAUGGAGAUCUACCAGGAUCCUCCCAUAGCUGCACGAACAGACCUUUCUCCGUGACCUCCUCAGCCAGCCACAUCCAACCAUCUCCCCAUUCAGAUUUACCAACCCGAGGUCAUCCGAGUUUGCAGCCUUCUCGUCCAAUCAGACACUCCCAUCCUCCUGGUCAUCGGGGAACCAAUGGAAUAAGAACCCCCAGCCCCACCUCAUCCAUCCACCCCACAAUGGACUCCAGCUCCAAGAGCAAGGGAAUAGCCCCAUCACAUUCCCAAUCUAAAAAAGCACCUACAAAGCCCAUGUGGGUAGAUGUGUCCGUGCUUCCUAGGAUACCAAAAAUAAAAAGGGAGAGCAGCGGUAUCACAACUGAUGGCAAUAGCAGUAGUAGUAAUGGUUACGGCAUGCUAGAAACAGGCAUGAACAGCUUUGCUGGGGACAAGGGAAAGCAGCAAAGUGUAGACCAGAAUAAGGGCAGGUCUGACGGUCAUGCCCAGAGACAGAGGCCUGAUGGAGCAGGCACGUCAUCUGCCUUCUCCAACUCAUUCUCCUCCUCUUCCUCUUCCACUGGCUCCCCUGCCAGCCAAUCACGUUAUUCCUCAUCUUCUUCAACUUCAUCUUCAUCAGCAGUGAGCUUUCGCAUUAACUCCAGUGGGAAUGCCUGGCAUUCAAGGCAGCUAAGUGGUGCGUCAUCCUCUGCCAGUGGAGGCAGCAUGCUGGAACCCUGGAGAGACAAAGAAGAUGAAGCAAGAAAGAGACAGCUCCACAGGGAUAAACAGAUGCUCUUGGCAUCACGUACACUGGUCAAUAAGGAACAAGAAAGUAAUAAUAUCUAUGAUCCCUUUAAUCCCACUCUCUCAGACUCAAACAGCUCAGAAGAUGAAACUGAGAGCUCAAGUCUGGAUGAUAGCUCCCGACAUGCCACACGUGAGGUGAAGGCCCCUAGUUUAGGAAAUAAGGAGUGUUUAGUGCAAAGCAAGCAGGACUUGGUUCGUGUGAAAACUGAAUCACAGGAGAUUGAGAUUUCAGAAGAAGAACCAAGGAGAGCCAGUGCUCAGGAAACCUUAUUACAGGAGACCAGAUCUUCAGAGGUAUAUGUAAAGGUUGAAAAAGAAUCAAGACUAGUAGACACUAAGGCUGACAAACGAACAGCAUUGCUUGACACUAAAGUUAAGAAAGAGCCAGGGUUAGAUGAUGGAGGGGAAGCUAAAAGGUUUGGUGACAGAGUAAAAAGUUGGAAUUCAGAGACAGCAGACACCAUACCACUGGAUCGUUUAAAGACUGAGAGAGAGACUCUAGAAGAGGAGAGUGUUGGAACUCCCAACAGUGCUCCCCCUAACUAUAAGAAUGAUUCAUCAUCCUCCAGCUCUGCUCCCACCAAGAAGAAACAAAAGGCUGAAACUAAAUCGGAAACUAAAUUGUCUAGUUCCAAGUCCCCAUCUAGAGAUUUGGGCCAUAAGAAGAAAACCUUUCAAGCUCCGAAAGACCGACGCUCUAGCACUCCAGAGAAAGACAGAGGCAAGAGGGAAGAUCAUCACGCCUCAGGCCAGGAAGGCCGGCAGAAAGAGAAGAAGGACAGAGAAAGCAGUUGCAGGCGAUCAAGGUCCAGAGAGAGGAGGAGGGCACGCUCCACCUCAGAAAGCUCUCAGUCCAACUCCCCUGAUAGGACUCGCAGAAAGAUACGGCUGACCCGAACACGAUCCAAAGACAGGAGGCGAUCAAGGUCUGGUUCCAGCACUAGUAGCAGGGAGCGUUCACGGAGGAAGAAACAAAAACAAAGCAAGGAGAGAAAUGAUGGCAGAGAAAGGGACUGUGAAAGAAGACGGGUAUCAAAGGACAAGAGACGUGGUCGGUCUCGCUCGAAAUCACGUUCCAGGUCCACAUCGAGAUCGAAGAACCGUAAACGUGGUCGGUCUUGCUCAAAAUCACGGUCCAGGUCCAGAUCUAGGGAAAGGAGGACAGACCACGCACGACCGCAACAAUCGUCUCUCCCCUCCAAAGACAAGGUAGAGUCCCGAUCAAAAGACAAGAGGAGACACAGGUCAAGAUCCAGCUCAAAAGAGAGAAAGAAAGAUGGGUCAUCAUCCAAGGCUUCACAGAAAACUUCAGGGUCCUGUGUUUCAUCCUCUAAAGAUGACACAAAACUGUUACAGGCCAAGAAAAAAGAGAAGGAUAUCACUCGAAGCUCCAUCAAAGAAAAAGUUGCUACAGUUAACGAACAGGAGACUCCCUCCUGUACCUCUGCCUCUAAAGUUCAAAAACAAGACAAAGACCUCAGAGCAGACACCCAGGCCACAACAGCAGAAGUAGCAAAAGAGACAAAGGUUGGAAAAGAAAUUAAGAAAGAAAAACAACCAUGUCUUGAUAUAUUUGAAGAUUCACCUAUUACUAAACCAAUAAAGAAAGAAGAGACUGACAUCCUUGCUUUGACGGUAGUCCAAGGUAAAGAUGCAGAGGGAAACAAAGACCCUAUAAAGACAAAGAUGAUCAAGUCUGAGACUUGUGAAAUGAUCAAGUCUGAGACUUGUGAAAUGAUCAAGUCUGAGACUUGUGAAAUGAUCAAGUCUGAGACUUGUGGAAUGAUCAAGUCAGAGACUUGUGAAAUCCCCAUAAUUAAAUCCGAGCCAGGUUCCCCAGAAAUAUGCCACUUGCCCUCUGUCACCUCGUUUUCUACACAGAACACACCUGUUACAACAGACAGCCUCCAGGAUAAAGUCUCUCAGUCUCACCCAGUGUUUACAGCCUCCACCGAACAACCAAACACUGCUACCUUGACUGUCCUUGUCAAGCAGGAAGUACAACUACCCUCAGACUCUGAUGAUGACUUCAGUGUUGAUGUGAUGCUCGACAACCUGGACUACGUGAAGUCUGAGCGCACAGAGGGAAGCGCUGUGUCUGUCAAACAAGAGAAGGAAGUAGAGCAGGGAAAGAAUGACUCGACAGUAAUGGGAGUGAAAUCUAAGACUCAAGUGAAGAGGGUUACCUGGAAUAUACAGGAGCCUGAGGGGCCUCAACCAGAGAAAUCUGCAAGCAAGCUGGCUUUGUAUAAAUUGAGACUGAAGCAGGAAGGAGCUCGCAGACCCUCAUCGACAGGCCAGACGUCCAGUCAGGACAUCCCUGGUACUGUCAGUGACCCCACCAAGAAGGGUGCUGUGCCGCUCAGUAGCUCCUCUAGAUCUGAUAGUGUACAUCCUGAGAGCUUAUCAACCACUGCACAAGGAGAGGCAGACGAAGGGGAUUUGUCAAGAAAAGACACGUACCUGAAGAAGCUGCACAUGCAGGAGAGAGCUAUAGAGGAGGUGAAGCUAGCUAUCAAGCCCUUCUACCAGAAGAGAGACAUCAACAAGGAUGAAUACAAAGAGAUUCUACGCAAAGCUGUCCAGAAGGUGUGCCACAGCAAGAGCGGGGAGAUCAACCCAGUGAAGGUUGGCAAUCUAGUCAAGGCAUACGUGGACAAAUACAAACAUGCUAGGAAACACAAGAAAGAGGAGGACUCAGGGAAGGCACAGGAGGUUCAGACUGAGGCCAUGACAACAUCUGACAGUCCCUGAGGAGGCGUAAACUACAGGCAAGGACAGACUCUCCCACUGGAAACACUUCAUAUAUUGUAUUACAGUAUGUUGUACUGUUUGUCCUACCACUGGGUGUGAUCUCAAACUCUUUGACAUAAACGAUUAAUUAAGAUUUGCUCACAGCUUCAAGAUGGAACUUUUUGUCUAAUGUUGGGCUGUCUAUCUUAACAGAAUUUUUUUUUGUUGAUCGCUUGAACAACACCUAUUGGUAUCUUGUGCUUGGACCGUCACUGCCAAGAACCAGUGUUUUUGUGUAGUACAGCUCAGAAACUUAAUAGGAGACCUUGAGGUUGUGCCUUAAAGAGGCAAAUCUCAAAAGACCUUCCAUGGAGUGAUAAAUCAGGUAGCUUUCUCCACAGGCAUAUCACUGGGAGGAUGCAGCGUGGGCUUUGAGUUUUCUACUGUUUUUUUUUGUUUGUGGGAUGGAGGGGGUAUUUAAAAGCUCAUUUUGUUGGUUAAGAAGUGUCAUAAACGUAUGCAUAUUAAAGACUUUUGUCACAUUAAGGAAAGACACUGUUAUGCAAAUUUUGUAGAAAAUUUAUCAGUAGAGUAAUCAAACAAUUUUAGAUUUGGUUGUAAAUAAUAUAGAUUUGAUAUAUCUACUUAUAUGUUUCUUUCAUCUGUGUUGCCUGUUAUGAAUGACAUAAAUGGUUCUAGUUUGUAGAGUUGACUGGUUUUUGUGUUUUCUGUCUUCCACAUCUCUAAUAUCCAAGUGUGUCUAAGGAGCUCUAUGUAGUCCAGCAUACUAAGGGUGAAUUUUAGCUCAGUGGUUUGAACUGAAUAAUGGAGUCACUCUUGUCAGAUAACAGCCGUACUUGUUUUGUUAUGUUCUCAGCGUUAUCCUUUUUUUCAACCCACGUUUGAAAUGUAGAAAACCAGGGAACAUUUUGUUUUUGUGCCAAAUGAGUAAAAAUAAUGAUAAUAAAAGAGAAAUGUACCAUUUCCUUGAAUAAGUGAGAUUUAAUUUGUUUUGGGGCAUUCUGUUUUUAAACAAAGGAGACUAUGACACCACAAUGUAGUAGGGAGUGUAGAUUUUAUUUUGGAGUGAAAAGGAUUAUAGCACUGAUUUCAUUGUCACUGUCCAACCUGAUGCUCUCAUACUGUCCACAAGCAUUUUAACUAAAGUUUUUUUUAAAAAUUGUGUUUCAUGUUUAUUUAUAAGUAUUAAGCUCAUUUUAUUACCAUGAUUUCAUGGUUAUGUGAGAUCAAUUUGUAGUCCACAUACUGGAAAAGUAAUGGAACAUCUCAGAAGUCAGCAUUUCCAAGGUAGGUAUGAAAGCCUUUAAUUGGGAACAUUAACAGAAUCCUUUCAGUGUUAACCUUGAGAUGUCUGCGGUAUUUAGGCCUCAUUAUGAUUGCUUUAUCGUUGUGUCUUUAGCCCAAAUCUUACUCUGCAUUGAUUUCUUACACAGAAAUGUUAGAAACUCAGCUUAUUCAUUGUGCUGUCUAUAGUAGUUUUGUUUGUUUGCCUACUGUAAAGACCGAGUAAGCAGGUGGUUGGACUUGCCUUGUACUUUGUUGUCACGUUCAAUUUGGCUUUAUAAAGCCAAGGUUUAGGAGUGGAAGAAUCUCAAGAACAGGUGCUCAUGUUUGUCUGAAUGUAUUUUACUUUUUUCUGCAUUUACUUGAUCAAACAGGCCAGGUGUUUCUGAGAGGGAACAGUAAUAAAUCACUGAUAUGAUGAA